CUCCCUCUCUCAAGUCUCACCCCUUUGUUAGUUCGUCUCUCUCAAGUCUGCUCUUCGUCGCCUCUUUUCCUCUACCGGCCGAAAUUCCCAGACAUCUUUCGCCAGGACAGCUGGAAUCAAGACUACUGCAAUCCCGCCUCUCAAGCUUCACCCUAGAUUACUUCGCAGUCCUGAAAUCGCUGUAAGUUCUCGAAUUUCAGGUUAUUUUCUAAGGUUGCAUUGGGGAGCAGUUCUUUUUGAAAUUAAGUACUUCUUUGCAAGUGCGCAAUUAUGUCUUCCGGAGCACGUAUGUAUGUCACGGAUGAUAGCUUGAGAAGUAUAGCAAGAUCUAACAAAAAUCAGAUGUCAUCCAAGGAUAUCUUUACCAUGCGGAAGACAACAGAUUAUGAAAGGCAGAGGGAACUCAAUAUUGAAAGAAACAAUAAGAGGUUUCAGGAACUUGGGAUACCUAGCUGCGUUAGGUUCAUCAUUGAAAAGAGUCAAAGCACAUGUUAUUGAGAAUAAUGUUGCUGAUGGGGAUGAUGAGUAUGUUCCAACAUACGAGGAGAGAAUGCAUGCUAAAGAUGAUGAUAGUAUUGCCUUUAAAAAAAACAGCACAUUGAAGACUUCAUUUAAAAAACCAAUUUCUCGACAAACCUCAUGUUUUAAGCCUCAUACUCAAAUGAUCUUUUCUGAUGAAAUGUUUGAAGCCUCUUCGAAUCCGGAAAUGACCGGGCUUACAAAAGAAACGAGUGUGUCUGGACUAGAAAGCAUCAACCAACAUCGCAUUCAUGGAUAUAAUUUGAAUGGAGGUGCAUCUGAAAGGCAAGCUUCAAUAACAAGAUCAACCACGUCACAGAAUGAUUUUGUUAGAGUCCAUGAAAGAGAAAAAACAGGUAUGUUUGAAGUAGAAAGCCUUAACCAACAUCAUACUCAUGGAAGUAAUUUCGAUGGAGGUGAAUUUGAUAGACGUGCCCCACCAACAAGAUCAACCACUUCACAGAGAGAUUUUCUCAGGGUCCAUGAAAGAGGUAGUGGUCUCUCAGGGUACACUUUCUCAGAGUACAUUUCAAGAACAGAUCAUUCCGAAAAUGAGGCCAUUUUGGCACAAUUACUCUGGUUAUCACAUCAACAGGGGACUUACUUUCUAAAAGGAAAAGGGCAUGACCAGUGCCACUUUGCUCCAUCCUUCUUAGGACUCCCUUUGGGGGCUGAAUUGCAGAGAAGAUAUGUGGAGCUACAAGCAAAGAAACCAGAUUCAGAUGAGUGUGAUGAAGAGAAUCUAUCAGAAACUGAACAAGUGGAAGAGGAACCAUACUAUUUGGCCCUAUGGGAAAUUACUAAGAAACGCAAAAAUGGUACUUGGUCGGAUGAGUAUGCAGAGAAAGCAUAUGAUGAUCUCAAAGCAUUGCAUCAGGAACAACUGGAUAAAUAUGGAGAAGUUAAUCUCACUCCACAAGAGGCUUUUGAGAUUGUUCUUAAACAUAAACAAGGGUCAAAUCAUCAAAGGGGCAUGGGACAAGGAGUGUUGUCAUUUCAUUCUUAUGUGAAGAAAGAUAUUACAAAGGUUCUUGAGCAAGAGAGGAUUGAUACUGAAGUGAAUAAAAGAGUGUCUGAAAUUAAUGAAACUUAUGAAGCUCGUAUCCGUGCCCUAGAGGAAAGAUUGGCUUCUUUACCACGUUCAGAGGGCAUCAAGUAAUUCAUCUCAACAUGUUCAUUUCACUUCCAAGGACCAUAGCCCCCUCGAAUGAUACAAGCAAGGGUCAAUAUGAGAGAUGUCAUUCAGUUUCUACGACUUUGGGUGGAAUUACAUUCGAGAUAGAUGUGACAAUGCAAGAUGAAAUGAAAAGAUGAAGCUUAUUAUUAGAUGUUAAGCGUUUAAGAUACUUUAACAAUUUUGCCAUGUUUAGUACUAUAUUUAUUUUAUGUCGAAACCCUAUUAUAUUAACAAU